AUGUAAACUUCCGGUGCCGUAUGCAUCGGCAAACACUUGUGUUUGCAAAAGCAAUACAUGAUAUACCAAAGUCAAAAGCAUGUCUUCUAAAUCAGAAAUAAUAGAAAAAUUGAAGGAAGCGGUAACAAAUGCGAGAACAGACAUAUUACGGUCCAUCAUUUCUGCAGUCGAGAAAGAUAAAGAUUUAUACAGCCCAACAUUGCUGAGAGACAUUUUAAAUGAAGUAUGUUGUGAGGAGGGAACACUACUUCAUUUAUCAUCAAAGCUUGGAAAUGUGGAUAUAAUACGGACACUUCUCUCAGCAAAUGCAGAUCCAGGGAUUCAUAAUGAAGCUGGUAAAACUGCUUAUGACUUGGUAGAUGAUGAAAAUGUUCGCAUGGUUUUCAGUGAAGAACUUCUUCAAGCAACAGCACAGUCAAAACUAGGACGGGUUUGUCAGUUGUUUGCCUCUGGUAUUGAUGUCAACCUGAUUGACAGCGAAGAAAGUCAAAACACCCCACUCCACUGGGCAGCUUCAUUUGGAAACAGAGCUGUAAUACAGUGCCUUUGUACUCGUGGUGCUGAUGUAAGAGCUGUGAAUGCCAAUGGAUGUACACCACUCCAUGAUGCUGUGAAAAGAGGAGAUGCUCAAGCUGUUACAGAGUUACUCAUGCAUAACUCUGACCCCAUGGCAAAGGUCACAUGUGGGAAAGAUGAGGGUAAGACAGCAAUAGACCUAGCAGCUGGAAAACCUCAGGUUCUUAAGGUGUUAACUAAUCCCCCCAAGCCUCUCCAUGAAACUGACCACACAGCAGGGACACAAUCAGGACUUCAGAAGUUGACAAUCAGGGCAGACAGUGCAUCAGAUACAUCUCUACAAUCCCCAGUGCCAAAUGGAGAUGUAAAUGGACCUCUGUCACCCACACCUCAGCUUAAAACACCCACAUUUACAAAAAAUAUUUCAUUGGAUUCCACUCUUCAACCCCCUAAACCAGUAGUGACUGAAGAGAAAUUAGGAUUAUUAUGGCCUCAGCCCCAGAGCAUCAUUCAAAGGGAUGGCAAACCAUUUACACUGGACUAUCAGCUACCAGUCUUUGUUUCUACAGGUCCUAAUGAAAGUUCCAAAGAUGUGCUGAAGAUUUGGCAGACUAGAAAAUCUGCCUUUGAGAUGCUUAGUCUACAUGUGACAGUAGAAGUAUUUACUCUGUUAUCUAACAAUUCCGUUCCACACAUUAUGUGUUGUGUCAACAGCCGAGUGUGCCCAGGCUGUGCUCUGUAUAAACUCACAAUUUCAUCAAAUCAGGUCAAGAUAGUAUGUAGUGAUGUACCCAGCUUGCAUUAUGCGAUAGCUACGGUCUUUCAAUUAUUUUCACUGUAUAAGGAUGAGAAAAUACAUGUUCCUCCUCUCCUUAUAGAUGAUUGGCCAGACAUUCAUUACAGAGGAAUACUACUUGAUAUUUCUCAAGGGAGACUACUCAUGAAGAAUUCACUCAAAUACGUCAUAGAUUCACUAUCUCUGAAUAAGAUUAACAUGAUUCAACUUUACUGUAGAUUUACAAAGAAAGAUGAACCUGGGUGGCAGGCCCCUUACUCUAAAAGCUGUAUCUGUGAUUUAGAUAGUUACUGUAGUGACAGAGGUAUCCAGGUGGUUCCUGUUCUAGAUGUGGUGCCACAGAUUCAGUUUGAAGACCUGGAUGACCUUUAUUCAACACUCCAGGAUUUCAUUGCCACUUUCCAAUAUGCUCAAUUUGUCAGCCUUGGUCCUAGACUGAGUAGCUUUGUCCUGGAUGCAGAUGAUGGUAGCCUGGAUACCAGUGAUUCUAUAAAGCUGCUCCCUCUCCAAGGAGACAGAACUAUCCAGAUCUGUGGCUAUCCUUUACAUGGACUGGACACCAAACUGUUGUUUGACAUUCCACCCAAUGUCCUUAUCAGUGAAUAUGGAAUAGAGGCAGAUUAUGAAUUUAGAAGAUUCUGUACACCUCUUUCAGAGAAAGGAGUGGGAUUUUUCCUUUGUCCUGGAACUUCUGCAUGGAACAGUAUUGCAGGUUGUCCAGAGGCAGCUAUCAAAAAUAUAUACAAUGCUGUGAAGUGUGGGGUGACACAUGGGUGUACUGGCAUCGUGGCCUGUGAUUGGUCAGGAAAAGGACACCUGAAUAGUCAUCUUUUCUCUUGGCCAGCAUACAUGUUAACAUCUGGAUUAUCAUGGAAUUCCAACUGUCACCAGGACUUUCUUUUCGCCAACCUAGGAGAACUGAUGAAUCAACAUAUGUUUUGUGAUAAGAAAUCCAUAGCAGGUCAGGUCAUAGUAGAACUUGGCAGAGCAGAAACCUAUCUCAUCCGAUGUUCCAGGGCUCAGACAGCUGGAGAUACCCAAAGACUUCCUGAUGCAUUAGGAUCUACCCUUUUUAAAUUCCUGAUGGCUCCUGACACUGUUUCUAUAGAGCACCUGUCUAUAGAAGCUGUACAGCGAACUGUUCGUCAUGUCAAAAAGUGUCAACAAGAACUGAAUAACGCAGAUCUUCAGUGUCUAGACAGAGAAGAAAUAAUAGCUGAGAUAAACAUGGCAUGUGAACUUAUGUUACUGGCCACUAGAAUAUGCCGUUCCCUCCUGAUUACUGGGAAGAAUCCCAGUGGAACUGCUGGGUAUGCUGCUAUCAAUCUUGGUAUAAACAACCUUACUGCCACUGUAAAGACUGACAUAGCAAACAGAAUUUUAGAGGUAAUGGAACCUUACAAGGCAGCCUGGAAUAGCCGUUACAUGUCCUCCAUUGGUCUUCAGGAAUCUCUUGGAAUUUUUCAAAGUUUACUAAGGACUCUCCUGCCUAAUGAAGACACAACAGAGCUGAUGAAUCGGGGUCAUAUACAUCAUGUAUGAUUUAUUUAUUGUCAUAUGUUUCCCUUGCACAACAUGGAAUGCUCAUUCUGUGUUUGAGAUUGUAUUUUUUUUCAACUUUGACCCCCAUCAGCAGUAUAUUAUUUCCAACUAUGUCAACCAUUGGCAAUAAUUUUUAUGUUUAAACCAUGAUAUAUAUACUGCUGUUUGAUAUGACAUUAAGGGAUAUAUUUACAUGGUGUAAUUUUUGGAUAUGUACAUGUAUAUUGUACCAAUUUUCUUUUAUAUACAUAUGUAUGUCAUUAAAUUUUUCUUCAGUUUGGGUGGUAUUGUUAGAUUUUAUGGAUGUUUUAUCUAAAUUCAUCAUUUACUACUCAGGUGAGCAUUUGCCCAUCAAAUUUAAUCAUAAGGAUAUUUUACCAAUGAUAGAUAGGUCUGCUGAGAAUUCCAGUAAGAACAAUUUAAUGACAAUAAUUGUACUGUGUCUCUAUACAAAAGUAUCACAUGAUAUAGAAAGCAAGUUUUCAAAUGACAUAAGUCUUUAAUAUAGAAAAUAUUGUACUUUAUGCAAAACAAAGUUGGAAGAAAAUUUUACUUGUCUACUACAUAUACUUGUUUUAUAUUUAAACCAGUUGAAGACAGUUUUAUGUCUAAAAAGACUGGUUCUGUACUAGUUAAAUUCCUAUGAUGGGAAUGCAAGCUCAUAUGAAUGUAAUUACUGAUGAUAGAAAUCAAUUUCUCGGGUGAUAAUUGUACAAGAAAACCAAAAGUGCUGGCUAUAAUCUUUUUGUUUGUAUUGAAGAUUUAUUAUUUAUUUUAAUUUGUUUUAGUGGGGUAACAUAAUUUUUUUUUUUUUGUAAUGCUGAUUGCAUUUUCUACAUGUCCUUAAAGAUAAACAAGUUUAAAAUGAUCUUGAUAAAUAUGUGAACGCAUAAUAUUAAAGAUUAGAUAAUGUACAUGUGUACUUUUUUGUAUAGAUAAAAUUCCCUUCUUUUUCCAGAUAAAACCGUCUACAUGUAUGUGAAUUUUGAUAUAGCUACACUGCAUACUAUUUAUACUUUAACAUGUGAAUUAAGUAUAAUUUUAUUUUCCUGGCCUAACAUUCACAUCUUGUACAUCAUUGAAUACAUUAUUAUUAUGCAGCAGUUAGAAGAUCUGAUAUUUUGGAGUUUUUUUCCCUGUAUAUAAAGGGGAAACUGUCCACUUAAAAUUUUCAUUCUUCUUAAUCUGUUCAGAACAUAAAAAUACACACAAGUAUAUAACCAGCAUAGUCAAAAAAUAUAAACAGGGUGAUAUUGCUUACAUGUAAGUAGGUGUUUCAGGGGAUGAUUAGAGUGAAAAGUUUAAUUUCAUUUUCACAGUAUAGAAGGUGAUUAAAAUUUUGAUUGCUUUCUGUUGUGAUUACACCAAAAGAUCCCAACUUAAAACUAGUUAUUUUUUGGUUCUCUGUGCAUUUGUUUUUGUCGGUACAUAUUUUGAUUAUAAGCAUAAAAAAUUAAUAGUAAUUUUUAUGAUUUUACAAAAAAUAAAUUCUUGCAUGUGUACCUACCCUAUGGGCGAAGCAACAUGUAAAAAAGAGAAACAGACAAAAUUUUAACUUAUAUGUUGUUCUUAUUGCAUUAAAUUAUUUUAUGUACUGCUCUACCUGUACAAUAUGUUUGGUAUGUAAUGACAAGAAGCAGUUAAAUAGUGAUAAUUUUGAGAUGAUUGCAUUUAAUAGAUAAACCCUAACAAGAAAGAAAUUUGUAAGUGUACCGGUAAUUACCAUAGUUCACAAUACUUUAUUUCAAUCAAUAUGGUAGAAAUGAACAAUCUUUGAUAACUGUAUUUUAUGCAUGUUAUAAUGAUGAUUGAUAAUAUCUGGUCACUCAAUAUAUUGUUGAAUAGGUUCUUAAUGAUUUUUUUUAAAAGGAAAAUUAUUUGUAUGAAUGAAUGUCAAUCUAAUUGAAACCAGACUUCUUAGAUCCGUGCCAUUACACUCAGCGUAAGAGUGUAAACGGCGCAGAUCUAAAAAGGUCUGAUAUUUUAAUUAGAUUGGAAUGAAUGUACUAAAUUUUUAAAUCUUUACAAUAUCUCUGAAAUCAUUGAGUCAUUUUUUUUUUUCAAACUUUUAUUCAUAACUUGAAUAAAGAAGUAGGUAUGGAGAAUAUUUAAAAUCUGUGGGAAUUGGCAUGUUAAUUUAUAUAUACAUGUAAACCAAGUUUUGUUUUGUAUAAGUUAUACAUUACAGUACAAUUUGUUUUUCUUUUUCUGAAUUUCUUCCCAAAAUACAUGCUAUGGCAAAAUCAUACAACAAGAUAUACUAUUUAACUUUUAAAAAACUACUGAAUGAAUAAAAAUGAUCGCUACA